CAUUUGUCACUAUCAAGUAUCAACUUGCUCAAUCAGUAUAUAGUUUUGCAUUUUUGUUUGUCAUUCUUGUGAAUAGAAAACUUGAAAGUUUAUGAGUUGCUGACGAAAAGUAAAAAGCCUAAAUCAAAAGUCUUCUAACACGAAAUUAAAACUAAACCAAUAUGUUUCUUACGCGUUCAGAGUACGAUCGGGGUGUUAAUACCUUCAGCCCUGAAGGUAGGCUGUUCCAAGUUGAAUAUGCUAUAGAAGCCAUUAAGUUGGGUUCCACUGCAAUCGGCAUUUGCACUUCUGAGGGUGUUGUAUUGGCGGUUGAAAAAAGAAUCACAUCACCUUUGAUGGAGCCGACAACAAUUGAAAAGAUCGUUGAAGUAGACCGCCAUAUCGCAUGUGCUGUUUCCGGGCUUAUGGCUGAUUCAAGAACAUUAAUUGAACGAGCUCGUGUAGAAUGCCAGAACCAUUGGUUUGUAUACAAUGAAAGGAUGAGCGUUGAGUCAUGUGCCCAGGCUGUGUCCAACCUGGCUAUUCAAUUUGGAGAUAGUGAUGAUGAUAGUGGUACUGCCAUGUCUCGACCAUUUGGUGUAGCUGUUAUGUUUGCAGGCAUUGAUGAGAAAGGACCUCAAUUAUUCCAUAUGGAUCCAAGUGGUACAUUUGUUCAGUAUGAUGCUAAGGCAAUUGGCUCAGGAAGUGAAGGAGCUCAGCAGAGUUUAAAGGAGGUGUACCACAAGUCCAUGACACUUAAGGAGGCAAUUAAGUCUGCAUUGACAAUUCUAAAGCAAGUAAUGGAAGAGAAAUUGUCAGAGAGUAAUGUGGAGGUUGUCACUAUGACUCCAGGGUCAAUGUUCCACAUGUUCUCCAGGGAACAACUGGCUGAGGUUAUUAAGGAUAUACCUUAAGUAGAAUAGAACAGUGGUUGGGUUUAUUAAUAAAUGUUAAGAGAAGAUUUUUGCAAAAAGGAGACAUACCAUCAUCAAACUAGAUUGGCCUAUUUAUGUAGCUUGAGAUUGCAGUAAAAAGUGAAUAAAAAAUAAAUUAAUCUGUUUGCUCUACUUGGCACUGUUUUUCUUCAAAGCUUUCCUCUUUUUAUUGCUAAAUGCCCCACUUUGUAUCUGAUUAAAAUUAUUACCAAUAAACUCAACCACAUUAAGUCUAGUUAAAGUUGUAUAGGAAAGUAAUAUUUUGAAUUAAUAAUUUUUCAGUAUUUUUACAUUUUGGAAUUUUAAGUAUCACAGUGGUAUCAUAGAAAGGUAGAUUGUAUUUUUAUUAUAGCUAGUUUUUGCCGUAUGUAUUUUGUCUCACAUGUAGAAAAAUGGUUGAUUGAAAAUAUUAUUUUGGGUGGUUUCAAGAACAUGAUUAAAUGUGUUUUUAAAUAAAGAAAAUAUAUUUCA